ACGACUUGCGAUGCGACGUCAACGGUUGCUACGCGAAGGUUAUAAAUCUAAAAACAUUGGAUAAUUUGUUCACAUACGACGGAAACCAAUUCAGUAUUACAUUGAUAUAAAAUUAGUUUUAUGAGUUCCUAUAUAUUUUCGCGGUUCAUUACAUCAUGGAAGGACCGGGUAUGAGUCUGUUCCAAGGGGCCGCCAGCAUUCACAUUAACAACAGUGCUCAGGACAGGCUUGAGGAACAGGAGGAGAUCGAAGACCAGAAACGGCGGAAUGAGGAGUUGAAACAUAAACUAGCAAAUGCUUUUGACGAUCUUCAAGAUGAUGACGAAGCGAGUUCAGUGAAUAGCAGUGGGAACUUUACCUUGGAUGCUCAAACUAAUGGAGGAAAUGGACAUCCUAAUCAUCCUAGGACUGGCUUGCCUCCCAGUUAUGUGGAUUCCCUUAACCACCUUAAAGAACUGCAGCACACUAGGGACUCUCCUAAUAUCCAUGAAACCCCAAAAAAUAGGCACACUCCAGUUCAACACCAUGAAGACCCAGUGAAACUGCAGUUUAGCCCCUAUGGGGCAGGUGAUGGGCAAAACCAUUAUUACCAACAGGAAUACAUGGGACAUUUGAAUGGAAUAAACAAUAUUGAUGCAAAACAAGAAUACAUGAAUAAUGAGAAACUUAAGGUGAUGUAUGAGAUGCGUGAAAAAGAAUGUCAACAGUUAGCAGCACAGAUGGAAAAACUUGAUACAGAAAUUGACAGUCUACGUGCCAGACUUGCAGCCGCCGUCAAUGAUAGGGACAAGUCAGAGCUGUCACUGCAAGAAGCACACCAUUUACUGGCUUCCAGUAAACACAAAAUGAUAGAACUAGAACAACAAGUGGUGAGCCUCACGGAGAAGCUGGUGCUAGGCGAGCAGGAGAAGGAGCAAAUGAAGAUGGAACUGCGCGCUGCCAACGUCAGCCUGCAGGAAGUGCAACAACGGUUGCACACUUUCCAGGUUGCUCACACACACGACACUGAUGCACUGUUUAGAGAACAGCAGGACAGACAUAGAGAGGAAGUCGAUAGACUGCACGCAGAUUUAACAAAGGCUAAAAGCAGAUUGGAAGAGAAAGCAAGUGAAAUAAAAAUACUCGAAAAGCGGUGCUUAGAAAAAGACCAAGAGAAAGAGGAACUGUUGAUUGACAAAGGGGCGACUAUCAAUAGAUUAGCGAGUGAACUAGAGGCGGCGCAAAGUCGACUGGUGAACGGUGAGAGUGCGCGGUUGAAGGAGAAGGUAGCGCAGUUGUCCAGUGAGAGGAACGCUGCCAGGGAACAAGUCAAGGAAUUAGGGUCUAAAUUGGAGGUGACGGCACACGAGCUGGUACUCUGCCGGAAUAAGCUGGCCGCCAGCCACAAGGAGUACGAGAGUUGGCGCACCGCGCUACAUCAGAUCCUCGUCGACUCACUCCCAGAAAAUACAUAUCUAGGUGAACCCCCGUCGCCUGGUAAAUUAUCGACACUAAGAGAUGCUCUAAGUAGAUAUAAACAACAGAUUCACAAGGUUGCGGCGUUACAAGAAGAAAUUGCUAAAAGGGACAAAAAACUGGAACAGUACCGAAAGCAAGAAUCCGAUAUGCGAGCCAAAAUAGAGGAGCAGAAAGGCAUCGAGUUGCAGCUCGGCUCGCGCGUGGCCGUGCUGCAGAGCCAGCUCGAGUCGCUCGGCACCGGCGACGACAGGCUCAGCGAGCGCCUGCAGGCCGAGCUCGACCACGUGCGCGCGCAGCUCAGAGAUAUGGAGCUGAAGUACACGGAGCUCGAGCUAGAGUACGACAAGGCGAAGGAGUCCCGCGGCGGGCGCGCGUCGCUGGCCGCCGCCGCGCACGCCGACCUGCUGCGCGAGCUGGAGCGCUGCUCCGCGCAGCUGCGCGCCGCCCUCAGCGACAACACGGAGCUCAAGACUCUCUACCUGCAGGCUUGUAGUACGCGAGAUAGCGCAUCAAGAGAGCUAAAAGACGUCCAAUCUAGAAUACAACAAGAGCGGGAUCUAUACAAGUCCCAAGAGAAGGAAUACGUGGAGAGGAUAGAGAAGGAACGGCAGCAGCUGGAGAAGCUGACCGCGGAGCUCACCGGCUCCAGGGACGAGCUGGAGCGCGCCAACAGGAGGAUCUCCGAGCUGCAGAAGGAGUUCACCGACAAACAGAAGGAGUUCACCGACAAACUCAACAAAUAUCUUGAAGAUGAAAAAAGUGCAAUGCGAAAAGAAAUGGAACCUUGUGCGCAAUGUGAGAAAAAUUUAAUGCAAAUUCGGCAGCUGAAUGAGCAGCUUAGCAAAUGCAGUGUUAAAUUAGCCACCCAAGAGAGCAACGAAGCUCUGAUGCAGGAGUUAAAAGGCAAGGCGGAGUUCUUCCAGCAGUACAUUCUCGAGCGGUUCAACAAGCUGCGCGACCAGCGCUCCGUCGCCACCAACACCGACCCCUCCGACCACCCCAUCGAGCACAUGGUGCAGACCUGCGACGACGCCAUUGCGACCAAGACUGCUCUCAUGAUGAAAGAAAAAGCCAUACGAGAUCAAAUAGCAGAAAAAUUCACGUUGGAGAUGAAAACCGCGGAAAUGAACUGCGCGCGGCGGCUGAAAGAAAUGGAGAAUGAACAAAUAGCCACCGUCACCAAACUGAAGGAGCUGUUAGAGCGGAAAAUGCAGGAAGUGGAGACCCUCAAACAGUUCAUACUGACAGAGAGAGACAAGGUGUCGCAGAUACUCGAGUCGAAAGAGAACGAGAUAUCCGUGUUGAUCAAGGAACAUAAUGCGAUACAAGCAGAGUGUGAAAAAACUAGGGAUAUACUCAACGAGUGGAAGAUCAAGGCCGAGAAAUACGAGAAAAAGAUACAGCGGUUAGAUUUACUUAAACAAGAAAAGGAGGAGUUGGAACACAGUCACAGUUCUUGUGAAAAGGAAUUGAGAAAUGUGAAAAGUAAAAUAAAUAGUUUACAAAGGAAAGUAGCUACUUCGGAACAGAGUUACGAAAGCUUGCAGGCAGAGCACCGGACCUUGUUAGAGAAGUACAAAAAUGCUAAAAAAGCUAUAAUGACACAUAAGGAAUAUAUAUCUAAAAAAGACGCCCAUAUUAAUAACGAAUUUAACAGAAUUCAAGAUGAGUACAGAAAAAUCUUCUUGAAAAUGCAGAGUCAGAUAACCUAUCUUUCCAACUGUCGGGUACAGGAGGAAAAAACAAAUGGAAGACCCGCUACGCCCACGAAUCACUAUGAGAUUGCAGAAAAAAUAAAUAAGCUGACCAAGGAGUUUGCAGAGCUCACUCAGUCUACAGCUGCGAUGACCAGUAACUAUGCGGAUGUCAACAAAUGAGACUCAUUGUGAAAGGUAUUAUUACGAAUCAUAUUCAGUUCCGACCAUUUAAAGAUAAUGCUAAAAUUUAU